UUGCAAAAGCCAGACAGAACGAAAACAAAACGAGAGAGAGAGAAAAAAAAAAGAAAAAACGACUUUCUUUUUGAAUCCCACUCCUGUUUGCGGAACAGCAUUGUUUUUAGUGUCUUUUUUAAACCCGAUUUCGCUCACAGAGCAAAACAGAAGGACUUCCAAUAAAUGACGUCACGGGGGUAUUUCCUUGAGUGAGUCGAAUCGCUCUGAAACUAAAGUGUGGGUAGGAGGGCUGGGUUAGAAAUCUUAAAAAAAAACAAAAACAAAACACAAACAAACAAUAAUAAUAAAAAUAAUAAUUCAACCCUGAAAUCCCUUAUACUCGGGUCGCCGAAAUCUAAACAGGAGAGGCAUAUCUCGGAGUGGAGGAAAUGGACGUGUUCAGUUGGGAUUCCCAUGUUGUUAUGAAUCAAGGAAUGCCGGGAGGGAUCCCCAGCGCUCCGUACGUGGAGGUCAUCGAGCAGCCCAAACAGAGAGGCAUGCGCUUCCGAUACAAGUGCGAGGGCAGGUCCGCCGGGAGCAUCCCUGGAGAGAAGAGCAGCGACACCACCAAAACACACCCUGCCAUCAAGAUUCAUCACUAUUCUGGGCCAGUGCGAAUAAGGAUCUCUUUGGUGACUAAGACCUCCCCUUACAAACCUCACCCCCAUGAGCUGGUGGGGAAGGACUGCAAAGAGGGCUACUAUGAAGCUGACCUGCAGGACAGACGCAUUCACAGUUUUCAGAACCUGGGGAUUCAGUGUGUCAAGAAGAAGGAUGUGUCUGCAGCUGUCAACAGCAGGAUAAGGAGCCAGAACAACCCCUUCAACGUCUCCGAAGAUGAGAUGAGGAAUGAGGAUUACGACCUCAAUGCUGUUCGGCUUUGUUUCCAGGUCUAUAUCACCCAGCCCAAUGGAGAACUCCACAGACUGGACCCUGUAGUCUCCCAGCCUAUCUACGACAACCGUGCUCCUAACACUGCAGAGCUGAAGAUUUGCAGGGUGAAUAAAAACUCUGGGAGCUGCAGAGGCGGAGAUGAGAUCUUCCUGCUGUGUGAUAAAGUCCAGAAAGAAGACAUCGAAGUGCGGUUCUUCCGAGACUCCUGGGAGGGGAAGGGGCAUUUCUCCCAGGCCGACGUGCAUCGCCAGGUGGCCAUCGUCUUCCGCACCCCCCCCUACAGCAGCACGGCGCUGAGUGAGCCGGUCAAGGUGAAGAUGCAGCUCCGCCGGCCGUCCGACAAGGAGGUCAGCGAGGCGAUGGACUUCCAGUACCUGCCAGACGACACAGAUCAGUACAUGGUGAAAGAGAAGAGGAAGAGGUCUCAAAACGCCUUUAAUAACUUCAUGCUGAACGCCAGCUUCCCUGGAGCCUCUGUAAUGUCGCAAAGGCCUUUGGCUACAAGCAGAAGGAACGCAGACCUGACCAGACCACAAGCCAGCAUGAGCCAGCCCGUGACUCCCGUGGUUCCUGCGAGACCACCUGCACCAGCCCCCACCCUGCCCUCAAUGGGCAAACCCAUGAACCUCUUCAGCCAGCCUUCCUUCUCCACUUCCAUGGACUUCUCAUCGCAGUUCAGGCUCAACCAACCGCAGGAGAAGCAGCAGCAGCAGCAGCUCAGCAACACUAUCUUCAACCCCUGCCCAGGCCAACGCAGUACAGCCCAGGUCUUCUCGGCUCCCAGUCAGCAGCCCCAAGCCAGCCUCCCAGUGCAAAACCUCCCUGGGUUACCUGGAACGGAAUACCCUACAGUCAACAUGUCUGAUCUGUUCGACACCCAGUGGGUCAGUUUCCAAAGCCAGGAGCCCCAGAACGCAGGGGGGACCCAAGGCAAGCACGACUCCUCCCUGGGCUUUGAGUCCCCGGCCAUCUCCAGCAUCGGCGGGAUGGAGUUCGACAGCAUCCCCGUGGACCAGACUUCCAUCACCCUGGAGGGCAUCGAGACUGAGGCCUUCCAGAAGCUGCUUAUAGACUCCCAGGGGCACGGGGAGCUGAACCAAGCCCUAGAGGAGGCUGCCAGUGGUGGGGAACGACCCCAACAGCCCUCCCUCCCUGCCCAGGGCCACAUCAUGAUGACCUACCCCAGGAGCAUCCUGAACUUGAUGAACAGAGGCGAUGAUGACGAGGGGGGCCUGGGGGCGUUCUUUACGAAUCCGGCCGCCGGCAACGAGAUCUACAACUCCAUGGACGACGACGAGCGCUUGAUGUCCAUUCUGGACCAGUGGCCCAGUCUGGACGGCCAGCCGCCCGUUUAAAAAGGCAGCGAUGCCGGGGACCUGCUUUUUCAGCUGUUGGUUCUCCGUAGGGGGAAAUCUAGCGCCCCCGAGAGGCGGUCCAGGAACACUGCAGAGCUCUGUUAGAAUCUAUCCUUCUGAAUGUUUCCCUGUGGUAAAAGCACAGCGAAAGCAUUUGGAAAGCAAAGAGAGGUCUGGUAAAGCACAUUAAAAACAAACCAAGGCAAACUAACCCUUAUAAAAGUUUCCCAUGGUAAAGGUGUGUGUGAUCAAGCACAGCUGAAGCAUGGGAAGGAACAGCGAGGUAUGGCAAAGCAUACAUGUAGACUAUGGUAAAUGCACGAGAGGAGAGCUAACAUACUGUGAGAAACGUUUAUAAGGGCAGUCUAGACCUGGAACUACAUGCAAAGCUCAGUCUUUCUCUUUUGCUGCUUUGCAACAGCGUUGAUUGAUUUGGAAGCCAGGAAGAGCUUCAGCAGUCGCUGACAGAAUUGCAGAAUGGUAGGCACCUUCAGGGUCUGCGUUCAGUUCCUGUUUUUCAAAUCACUUCCCAGUUCCCGUUCCCACACAUCCAUGAAUUGGCUUCAAACAAAAGCAGGGGAUCAGCGAGUUUGUCUCUAAAAUAUCGUUUCCAUUCGGAGACCCCCUGAGGACCUCUCAAGGCUAGUUUCUUCAUUAAAACCACGCGGUCGGCUAGAUCGGUUCACAGCGUGUCUCGAGUCAGUUAAAAAGAUAUUUAAAUUGUUUUUUUCUUGCUGUCUGGUGUCCUGUUGUUGGGCUGUGGUUAUGGGUUCAGCUUCUCCCAUACUGAGUUCUCUGAAUCCUGCUUUGAGCUCGUCUGGAGAACUCCAAGUGGCUGGGACUGAGUCCCCUACCCUCAUUCCAUUCACUGCAUCAUUGUACAAUACGAACAGUCUGUGCCGUCCUGGCUGCGUCUCAAUAUCUUGUAGAUGUCCGGAUCUUGUAUGUGCAGUCUGCCUUGGGCACUGAGACUGCUACUCCUGCCAUGUCGAGGCAGGGAUGGUGCGACUGGGUGACGUCACAGCCCGGGAACGAGACCAGGGGACAGAGCUUGCAAGAUUUAACAUGCACACUUUCAUUAUGAAAUAAUACACAAACAGGUUAACAACAAGAAUAUAUUUAUAUUUUUUUUAAAUACCGCGGUUGUAGGGUGAGCUGCUACUUUCACACAAUACACACGGCUUCAGAAAACUGCCCUGUGCACCAAUGGUAAUUAUCUAUAUACAUUUAAACCACACGGCACACUUACUUCCAACAGCUAACGCCAGCAUUAACUCUCGCCACUAAACCUAAACUAACAACCGUGAUCAACCUUUUUAUACACCUGUGGCUGGAGCCUAGUUUAACCAUUUAAUCACUCGUUCAAUCUACAGCUCCAGCAAUAAGAUUCCUGUUGCACAGCUGCUUCACCCAUUCCAGGUUUUAACAGGAGCUUGAUCAGCCCCCAGCCUGUCUAGGUAACAAGCUCAGGUGUGUCUUAUUGUUAAACUCCCAGUAAAACCAGGAAUGGAUCACACUGCUGUGCAGCGGGAGACAAUCUGUCAAUGUACAGUAACACUUGCCUCUCCCCUCUCUUUCUCUCUAAUGAAUGAUGUAAUAUUAGAGUUUGUAAAAAGAGGGUAACAGUGGGCUGUGGUUUUGGAUAUGACGUGUAUGCAUUUAUGUGUAUCUUUGUUUUGUAUACAUUAUAAGUUAAUAUCAUGUUAACAAAUGAUCUGUAUCUUUUUCUCCCUCUCUUCAAUGUGACGUUAGGGGUACAGUUAUUGUGUAAAUCAGAGGGACUAUCAUACAUUAAACUGAUUAGGAUGUUCUGUGUUAAAUAAGGCUGUUAGAUCCUGCAUGCGUUCCUCUUCACUCAAAAGACAUUUCACACUACCAGAGACACAACCAGUGUUAACAGUAGUGGCUAUGUAUAGGACACCCUGUAUCUCCACACAUGAAGUGGCUUGAACAGCUGUUAUUUGUUGGGUGUAUGGUGUCUCUUACUAUUGUGAGAUUGCAUCUAGUUCUGGCUGCUCAGACCAAAAACAAAUAAGGAUGUCUCCAAUGAACUGAUUAUGAAUCAAGAAAAUAUAUAUGUAUUUUUACUUCAGAGUAAUGUGCAAUACACAGGAG